AUGCAAUUUCUGGUUCCCCCUGCUAGAGAGCAGCUGCAUUGUUUCCUGCCUUUUGUUAUAGAGGCCAUUGAUAGGCUGGUUUUAGAAUAUUCAGUCCCAAAAUCAAGAGUUCUUGAUGAUUUAAAAAGCUUCGGUCCAGCCGUGAAUGAUAUGGUGAAUGCCAAGAUGAAUAAUGAGAUUCAGCCUCUCCUAGAAGAGUCGCUCCAGACAGCAAGAGAUCUGGAAAGGGCAGCUCAGAUUGUGGUGGACGUCAACAUGACUCUUAUGGACGUGCAGGCCAAAGAAAUAGCUCUUAUGGCUGAGCUCACCAGUCACAGAGAUACUAUAUUAGCAGUGUUAUCGGACCCAAGCUGUGACAACUGCAGAGAUGCUGCCAGCAUAAUACAGAGGGUGCAGCUAGACAGGAACCAGAGCCAGGUUCCUUCUAUCGGUGAAUUUGUGGAUAAAUUAGUCAAUGUGAGAAAAAUCAACCUACCAGGGAUUUUCGAGAAGGCACUGCAAGCACUCAAGGAUAUGCCAAAACUAGUGAACACACAGACAUCCAAAAGUAUUAGUGAUGUAAAAUUGGCAUUAAACGAGACAGAACAAGUAAUUGUAUCCUAUGCAGGCAAGAUUCCUAUUCUCAAAUAUAUUGAUCCUAUAAAUGAAGCAGUACUUAACUUUGAACAAAAGGCCGUAUUGUACGGUGGUGAAGUAGAACGCUACGAAUACUACAGGUGGGUUGUAGGAGUUGUUUUGUGCUGUAUACUUCUCCUGAUAGCUAUCACCACUAUACUGGGGCUUCUCUUUGGAGUUUGGGGUCUCUACCUACUGAGAGAUGCUGGGAACAGCAGACGGAGGAGAAGGGAUGGAGUUGGAUUCCUCCUAAUUGAGGUCUAUCUCUCUUUUAUAUUUUCCUGGCUGAUCAUCCUCUUUGUGUUCAUCACCUUCCUGAUCGGAGGAAACGUACAGACUCUUGUGUGCAAACACUGGGCCAAUGGGGAUAUUUAUAGGUUUCUGGAUAAUCCAAACAAUCUGCCUCAGAACAUCAACUUGAAAAGACAACUUGGGCUCAGAGAAAAUUCUAACUUCACCGACAUGUAUAGGCAGUGCAAACGUGGCGCUCCAAUAUGGAAUGUUCUUCAAUUAAAUCCUAUUGACUUGGAUUCUGCUUUCAACAUAUCUAAAUAUACAGGACAACUGAAAACAAAGAUAGAUAGCUUGAAUGUGAGUGUGGAUGGACUUGACUUGAUCUCCAAUAUUGCAGUAAUGGUUCUACAAGACUAUAACAACAGUGGAUUGGAUCAAGUUCCAUAUGAAAGCAUCCUUACACAGAUACAAGUGCCUCCUGUGAUUCAACAAUUUGAACAAUUUAUCCCAAACCUGGAAAGUCUUGCCUCCAUCCAGAGUAACGCAACCAUAAGAAGUGAUCUGGAGAAUGAGGCAGCCGCCCUGAGAAAUAUACAAAAUACAGCCAAACAAGAUCAACAGUCCUUCAUGGAGAAGUUGAACAACAGUGUCCAAACUUUGGCUGUGUUGGCUCCUAAACUUAAAGUUGGGAUACAACGUACCGUGCAGAAUAUCUACACGCUGAAAGGGCCUUUGAUUCAGGGAACAAUUGACCAAUUGAAAAAUGAGAGCAAGUGUCUGCUUGACCAGGCUAUAGGAUACUUUUCUCAAUACAUUGAAUGGGUGAAGCAAACUAUCACAACUAAUAUUGCUUCCUGCCGUUAUUUGCCCACAACACUUGACAGCGCUCGCGUUGUGCUCUGCGACCAUGUGACGGAUCCCUGGAAUGGCUUUUGGUUUUGCCUUGGUUGGUGCACUAUUCUCCUGAUUCCUAACAUAUUACUGAGUAUUAAAACCGCACAGUAUAUUGCUCCCAAGUCUCGAACAUCUGUGACUCUCUAGCCCAAGAUUGUGGCCCCUAAUUUCUCUGCUCUACCUGUAGAGGUCCAUCCCCUGAAGAGGAAAAUCUCUUCCCAUUAACUCCAAUUGCAGAUAUUGGAAGAUACUGAUUCUGAGAUCUAAAGGGAAAGUUUUAUAUGUGGACUGGCUGGACACCACCUUGAAGAAGUCCACAUCACAGCUGAAUCACAGAACUAAGAGAUUUGUUUACAAGAGAGAGACUCUGUAUAAGAGAAAGGGAUAUAAAGGAGUGGAAUAUUAUGUUAAAAUUACACUAAAUUUGAUGGGCAACUAUAUUGGGGACCAGUGUCCUGUAAGUAUGCAUUUCUGUCAUAUGCAAGAACAAGUGCCAUUUGUGGGCAAGAUGUGCACAUAUGCCAGAUUGAAUGGCUUGGAAACAACAAAACUGGAUCUUUCUAAAUUCCCUGACCACAUGGCAAACUGCAUUCAGAUGUUGGUAGUCAUGUGGACCAAAAUUAUAAUUAAAAAGGUUGACUACUUAUUUGGGAACCACAAGAAAUACCAUGUUACAGGGGAUCUACUGCUUACAGCCCUGACAAACAGCUGUCACAUGUGGCUCCGCCAUCCUGCAGCACCCCCGCAGGGGAAAUUAAUAAUUCCACAGUUGUUACUGAAGUCAACCAGAUAUCUACGUAAUGCAUAAAAGUGUUGGGUCCUCCAGAGGAACAGAUGUUCUUUUGUAGCUGCUCUUGCCUUUAAAUAAAGGUCCUCAGCCAGAGACUCUCUUCUAGCUAAGAAUAUAUCAAAAUGGGUUUUCUGAACCAGAUGAGCCCUUAGAGGGAGUUUUUAAUGUAUUAGGUUGAUGCUAUGUAUGGUAAACUAUAUUGGCAAUCGGACAUGUCAUCAUGGUUUUGCCAUGUAAGUAAAGAUUACUCUACAAGAACCAAACCUAACAGAGCCGGAAUAAUGCUGAAGAACCGGUCCAUGACUCCAUGCUUUUAGUAUGACUACUUCUGACAAAGGUGUAAUGGAGCCUGGCAUAGUUUAGCUAAACGAAUAUGGUUCCUCCUCCAAAUAUUAUCUGAAUGCCACUUCACAUUCAUGAAUGACCUACCUCACUAAAGACUAUUCAAGACGUAUUUUCAGAUACAGUUGCACAAACUAAACAAAACUAAGCUUCAGUCUUGGACAGAAAUACAAUCCUUGGCUAGUAUGCUACCACACCAUCUAAGGGAAAGUGAAUGAGGACUGCUUGUUUCUACAUACACCAACGGGUACAUAGAAUGAAUAUAAUAAGUUAUGUAAUAUGAGCUUAUACUGUAUAUAAAUACAUUAAAAAUGUGUAAGCAAUGUCAAAAAGCAUCUGUAUUACAGAUCUGUGUUGUAUAUCCAUGAUGCAGUUGCCCAUAUGCAUCAGCUAAGGGUUAGAGUGCAAGGGCAAUGGAGUCUAAGUGGGAUUUAAGUGUAUGGUGAAAUAAUGAGGGUUGUAGUACUCUGGUUGUCACAGUCUGGGUUAUAUAUAUAUAUAUAUUAUAUAUAUAUGAUUGUGAAAUUACAUUUUCUACAACAUCUCUCGGUGGUGAACUGGCAGGAGAGGAGUAGGUAGGGUGGAAGGACUCGGAAGAAAAGCAAGGCGUUCUGGAAAUAGUGGUACUAAGUAACGGCUCAAAGUACAGAACAAAUACCCCCAAAACAAAUAUUUUUUGGUGAUUUAAAACAGGAGCAGAUAGGUAAGCAAUGCUAUAUGCUUCUACAGCAUCUAUAUAUUUUUAGAUGAUGUUUGAGUACCCCUUUUAAUGAUUACCAAUUGAACCAUUACUCGCAACCCUUCAUGUCAGCAGCGUUUAUUUUUAGCUCUGGUUCAUUCUCUAUAUACAGUGAUCUGAUCAUCUAAUCGAGUUACAGUGAAUUUCAUGUCACUAUUUAUUCCAGAAUUAGGACAAUUAGUGGAUUACCCUGAACUUUCACACAACCCUCUAACCACAUAGAUUCUGCUUCAUCCUAAUGAGAACAACAAGGACUCAUUACCACCAAGAUACAGCAAACACUAUUGACCUUGUACAAAAAUAAUCUACAGUAUCUAAUAAUGCCACAUCAAUCACUCUUGUAACCCAAAGAAGAUUUAAAUAACCAAUUACAAUGUAUAGCUGAGCUAAACUUGUCAAUGUAGGGUCUGAACCACAAUGUUUCCUUCGUAUGAAAUCUAAGGCACAGGUUGUGCCUUCAAUAUUAUAUGCUACAACACAGAUCUGUAAUAUUAAGAUAAAUGAGUUAUUUCAAGAAUAAAAGUCAUCCCCUAUUCACAGGAUAGAGGAUAGAGGGGGUCUAACACUAGGGCCCCCACCAAUCAUGACCAGAUGUGCCCUGAGUGAUUGAGGAUGUAACGCACAUGCUCAGUCAUAGCUCCAUUCAUUGGAUAUGGAACAUCAAAACAAAAAGUUUAGUGCAUGCCAUUGUUUGGCAAGUCCCAUAGAUCAGUGGUUUCCAACCCAGUCUUCAAGGCCUGCCAACAUUCUGGGUUUUUUCAGGUACUCCAUUAGAAUAGACCAGGAAAAAUGGAAUCCAGAAAUGUUGGUGGGCCUUGAGGACUGGGUUGGGGACCUCUAGACAGUAAAGGGAGCGGUGACUAGGCACAAGCAUUGCAUUUACUCGGGUGACAUUUUACCUCUGUUCUUGUGGUUGGGGGAGAUCCCAGAGGUCAGAACCCUAGUUAUCCCUUAUUUUGUGGGUAGGAUGUAACUAAAUAUUGGGAUAGCCCCUUUAAAUGGGCACUGUCAGAUCCAAAAACUUUUUAUAUGUUGUUACUGAUGAAAAUCAAAAACCUUUAUAAUAUGGUUGUUUAAAAUGUUUUGAAUAUUUAAUAAAGAAAAUGGCUCCUGAAAAUUCCACCACUAGGGGUCCCCAUACCUUCUGGGACACUAAUCAGUCCUGCAGCAACAUCAUCUUGUCCAUGAGUCAUGAACAAGAGGUGACUCAUGGACAAGGCUGCAUGAGCAGACCCACCAAUCACCUCCCACCACUGCAAGGAGGGACACACCCCCUUCCCCUGAGAGGAUUUCUAACACUGUGAGCUAAUGAACAGAGGGAUUUUUAUAACAAAUAUAGGUGAUAGAGGCAGAAAACCUACAUGGUACAUGGUCAGGAUUAGGCACUGAGUAACUUAUUAAUUCUUUUUUUUUUUUUUUUUUUGUGGGAUCUGACAGGUACAAUUAAAGGUAAACCUUUUACACCAUAUCAUUUUAAGGUCUAAUAUGGUAUGUAAUUCUAUUUCCUAAUACUGUAUAUGGGGUUGAAGCUCUGUUUUUCUCAUAUCCUGUAGAGCACCAGAUCCCUUGUGUAGACAGAGUUAAAUAAGAAAAUUCUUGCUGUUGAGUCUCCUUGUGGUAAUAAAAUUAAAAUAAAUGAUGGCCAUGUCUUUAGUAUGCUGCCCUGUGUUCUUUCUCUUACUAACCUAGACCUAUAUAUGGAGAAUCAGAAUAAUGAACUAUUAGUGACUAAUCUUAGUAACAGAGCAGGCCUCCCGAAUAAUAGAGAAUAAAUGUAGCUGCAAGCCACAAUUAACACAUGUAAUGUAUUGAUGUCUACAUUGCAUGCUCCAGU